AUGCAACCACCAGUCGUUCAAAAAUCUCAUGCGAAUCGGUCGUGUUGCGGAUGGUUCGUCGCGUUCAAACGUAAAUCGCGAAAUUUGAGUCUUAAGGGAAAUUUUUGAAACAAUUUUGUGGUCUAUCAAAGAUAAUGCUAUAAGGAUUUAAAAGCAUCCACAAAGGAAGUUAAGAGUGUUGAAAGAUCAUCAAAAAGUUACUUUUGAGAAGUGCCCAUAAGUGUACUAAUGAUAACUGCCAAUUUACAAGUCGAUCAGUGAGUCCUAAAUCAGAUUUGAAACUGAAAAAUUCUCAAAAAAGGAAAAAAUCAUCAAAUAACAUAUUUAAAAUUUUUAAUUUUGAUAAAAGUGAAAUAUAUUAAAAAAAUUCACCCACUGGAUUAAAGUGAAAAAAAAUAAGAAACUGGAUUUAAAAAGUUACAAAAAAUAAGUGAAAAGUGACUAGUUUUGGGAUUAUUAAAGCCAUGUUGUCCCAAAGUGAGCAGCCCAACUAAAGCGAGGAUAUAACCGAUUCUAAAAAGGAACACCUAAUCACCAAUCUCAAUUCAAAGCGCACCUUUUUGCGGAUUCUAAUCACCAGAAAUGGAGGACGAACUGCGUUGCCCCACGUGCAAGCAGCUGUACGCUAAUCCCGUGCUGUUGCCCUGCUUCCAUGCCCUCUGUUUGGGCUGUGCCCUGGACAUCCAGACACCUUACAAUCCGGGAUCUGGUGUGCCGGGGACUGUUAAUGGAUCGGGAGGAACCUCAUCAGGUGGACACAAUGGAAUUCACGGCAAUGGAGGUGGUUCCGGAGGUGGAGCAACUGCCACUGGGACAAAUCCCAAUGGACCCGGCACUCGACACAGCUCGCAUAGCUCGGCUGCCAGCACAGCCAGUUCGAAUACCGGAAGUGAGAGCGUCACCUCCGACCAGGAUCAGUCGGACAAGGUGAGCAUCUUUAGCGAGGCCGACUCAGGUGUCGUCUGCUGCUCGAACACAUCCCGACCGGUAUCGUACGCCGGCACAGGACUCCUCCCGGGAGUGGGUAAUGUGGUUGCUCCACCAGGAGCCGCCUACUGUCUCACAUGUCCGCUCUGCCGCAAGCUCGUCUUCUUCGAUGACGGCGGCGUUAGGAAUCUGCCCACUUAUCGCGCCAUGGAGGCCAUUGUUGAUCGUUUCUGUGCUCGGGAGGCCCUUCGUUGUCAAAUGUGCGAGUCGGAUCCCAAGGUCGCUUCCUUGGUCUGCGAGCAGUGCGAGAUUCGGUAUUGCGAUGCCUGUCGGGAGUUGACUCAUCCCGCUCGUGGUCCGUUGGCUAAGCACACAUUGGUCAAGCCACGUGGCGCAGCCCAACAAAGGGAGUCCGUCUGCGGGGAGCAUGAGGAAACUCUCUCGCAGUACUGCCUCAACUGCAAGGCCCCAGCCUGUGGACUCUGCAUUGGAGAACUACGCCACCAGGCCCACGACAUCCAGUCCAUCAACGUCACAUGCAAGGCUCAAAAGACGGAGCUUUCGCACAAUCUGCAACAAUUGUCGGAGAAGGCACGUUCCACGACCGAGUUCAUCCAGCGCCUCAAAGGCAUGAGCGACAAAGUUACGGAAUCCUGCAUGGAGUUCGAGCGCCUCGUCCAUGCCCAAUGCGAUGCUCUGAUUCAGGCCAUUCACGACAGACGCGAAUAUCUGCUGGAGGCGAUUCGCAUGGACAAGGACACCAAGAUCAGGAUACUGAAGGACCAACAGUCGAACUGCACUGGCAAGUUGCAGCAGACCACAGGACUCAUUCAGUUCUGCAUUGAAGCUCUAAAGGAGACUGACAGCGCCGCCUUUCUUCAGGUGGGUUCUAUGCUUAUUAAUCGGGUGACCAACACGGACAUGACCUGGCAUCAAGAGGUCACCAAUGCUGCCCCUCGUGUUUCCCCCAUUGUGGAUUUGACCCUCGAUGAUGCUGCCCUGGCACGUGCCAUAGAUAACUUGAACUUCAUCCAAAUGAAAGCCGUCAAAGAUGGAGACGAAAGAUGUCCGGCAGCACCCAUGACCCCAACUAUACUGCCAUCGGAUUGUUCAGCUGAAAAUAAUUCUGUUACCGUUGCGUGGCAGCCACCAAAUCAUUCGUUCGUCGAGGGCUAUGUCCUGGAACUGGAUGAUGGCAGCGGUGGAGAGUUCAGGGAAGUCUACUGCGGCAAGGAAACAAUUUGCACCGUGGACGGACUGCACUUCAACUCGAUGUACAAUGCCCGGGUGAAGGCCUUCAAUUCCGCCGGAGAGGGUGAAUACUCGGAGCUGAUUGGACUCCAGACUGCCGAAGUGGCCUGGUUCACGUUUGAUCCCGUUCUGAGCGGCGGUGCCGGCUCUGGCUUAAUCUUCAGCAAAAACAAUGCCACCGUCAGCGUCGAAGGCUGGGAGCACCGUGUGGCCCUCGGCUCCGUAGGCUUCUCACGGGGCGUCCACUACUGGGAAUUCACCAUCGACAACUAUACGGCGGACACGGAUCCGGCCUUUGGAGUGGCCCGCAUUGACGUGGCCCGGAACAAAAUGCUGGGCAAAGACGAGAAAUCAUUCGCCAUGUACAUCGACCGCCAGCGAUCCUGGUUCCAGCACAACUCCGUGCACGAGCGGCGAGUUGAGGGCGGCAUAACCACAGGAAGUACGAUUGGAGUCCUGCUGGAUCUGGAGAGGCACACCCUAAGCUUCCUGGUCAACGAAAUGCCCCAAGGAUCGGUGGCUUUCCGGGAUCUCUAUGGAGUCUUCUAUCCAGCAGUGAGCAUCAAUAGAGGAGUCACAUUGACCAUGCACACGGCUUUGGAUGCGCCCAAAAUGGAUUACUUCUAGAGAUGAUCGGGUGCAGGGUGGACAAGUAGCAAAUUGUGUACAUAGAGCUUGACAUUUGGCAGUUAUCGGUGUCUAUAUAGCAUUACCUUAACACGAACAGUUUACUCAGACAGCUUACAUACCUAGCAAUACGUGUACGUGUAGUUUUCGGGCAAGGUUCAGCGACAUAUCUCCAUUUAAUCGUAUCUCUAUUCGUAGUUCUAGGCACUGUUUGUAAAACGCUGCGCCAAAUCGGAGAGAAAUUAUUAAAAAUAAUUGAAAUCAUUU